AUGGCGUCUUCACAGGUUGUGCUAUACGAUCUACCUAGCAAGCAAGGGACCGCUUGGUCGCUGAACCCAUGGAAGACCCGCAUGAUCCUCAACUACAAAAAGAUUCCCUACACCACGGAAUGGGUAGAAUACCCGGACCUCGCCCCCAAAUUCAAAGCCCUAUCCAUCCCGCCCAACCCCAAAGACGCCCCAGGUUACUUUGCAGACUAUAGCAGCCCCGCCAUCAGAUACGCAGAUGGAACCUACCAAAUGGACUCCUGGCCCAUUGCCCAUUCGCUCGAUGCGGAGUACUUUUAUGAGACCAGAGAGAAGAUGUUUGGUAAACCACUGGAGCAGGUGGAGAAGGAUGCUGAUGUGGAUGACUGUUGGGAGAAGGUAAAGGGGCCAGUGCUGGAGGUGGGGAACUUGCUGAGACAGCAUGGAGGCCCGUUCUUUCUGGGCGAGACUGCUUCCUACGCCGACUUCAUCCUGGUUUCAAUGCAACACUGUGUUAAGCGUGCGAAUGAGGAUGUGUACGAGAAGCUCAUGGCGCUGGAUUAUGCGCUGCCCCAAGUUUACCAAGCAAGCAAGCAAUGGCUGGAGAAGGAGAACUAG